AAUGCAGGGCAUGUGAGCAUCUCUAAAGUUAAAUCUGAUUUUUUUGCAGCAAAUCUUUAGAAAUCAUGGAAAAUGGUCAGAAAUGGGGGUGAAGGGUGAUGGGAGACCAGGGUACGGAGCCCAAAAUCAGAUAAUUCCUGCAAAAUAAGGGCAAGUUGACAACUCUGCCCCCACCCUUUGCAGAGCUUCAUCACUUUGGGCCCCUGACUAGAUUUUCCCUCUGUGGGGGAUCCUAUUUAUUACUUUCUACUUCACUGGAUUUCAAUGCCUCAGGUUUGUAAUAUUGCUCUUUAUUUUGGCGUUCAAUGAAUCUAUUGUUCAGGAGUUGCUGGGAGUUGUGGCCUGUGACAAGUAACAAAUGAACAGUGUUCUGAGGGAACAAGUAAUGUUUUAAGUAACAACCACCAAAAUGAUGUCUCACACUGCUCCUCCCCUGUGGUUUCUGUGUGAGGAGACACAGCUAAUGAUUGGCUGAACCUGUCAUGUGACACCAAGCGAUGGAAAGAAACGAAACUUGGUACUAUAACACUUUUUAUCACAGGCAGGAGGAAGAAGGCAGCACAGAAAUUGGCCGCACUUUCAAAACAAAGAGUCUCGGUCUCACUUGUGCCCGGCGUUGGGCAUGUGCCCCUGUAGCUGACACUCUGAAUGGAGGCCGCAGUUUCUUCUCUAUGUCCAGUCGACAAGCAGGAAUGACAUUUCAAGCCCAAGUACCUCACUAUCAGUAUUAAACAAAAGUUCCUCAUCACCCAAUAUGCAAAACCAUACUCAAAAUAACCACGUUAAAACAAUACCAAGCCCUACAAUCCAAAGUCCACCAUCAGUCACUGCCAGUACUAAUUCACAGAAUGGAAGUUAUACAUGUCCACAACAGCUGCCACCGGCCCCCACAAACAAUAAGCAACAGCAAAACCGCUCCACUCAGGAACCAAAUGUUCAAGCAAACCUUCAAACCAUCAGCAAUUCAAGCAGACAAGCUAAAUCAAUUCCCCCAAAUCCAACUACAAAUAUUCCAUCUCCUAAGACUAACAAUAGAAGUGCUGAGCAAAUCCCCAAUGCAGCAGGCAAGCCUCCAUCCAACAGUGGUCAAAAACAAGAUAAAAAACCUUUCAAGAGUGUUUCAAAUCCCAUUUCCAUUAUUAAAGUAAAACCCAUGCCGUCAAAUCAAUUGAUAGCAAGCGUUGCUCCCUCAUUGCCAUUUUCCAGCUCUGUAAGUUAUGCAGUGGUUUGUGCAAGGAAUCUCCCAGGAAUCUACCAAGCCAAUCAAGCUACUCAGAGGGUCAUACAAAGCCCUAUAUUUAACCUGAACUAUCACGCACAAGUGGCUCCACCUGCGCAGGUGGCACAUUCCAGAUCCAGAACAGAAUCUCGGAGCGCAGUGCCAGUUGAAACAUUAAGAGAGAACCUCAGCAACAUCAUGAAACGGCACAAUAGUGGAAUACCGAUCUUUAAGUUGCAGAAGGUUUACCUUUUUAAAUUCGGAAAACCACUUUCCCCUAAUGGAUAUCCCUCACUCAGGCACUUCUUAGUAGGAAUGAGAGAUGUAGUUCAGAUAAAAGGUGUGGGUGUCCAAACACUGGUAUUUCCAGUGUCUUCUGAAAUGAUUUCAUCAGCCGUGAAAGAGCAACAUGAUUCCUACCUAGUACACAAGAAUAAGUCUUUGCACAAUGAGAAAAUGCUGCCUACUUCAGGUCCCAUGAGCUUACAUAGACAAGAGCCAUAUAUUGCUGAAGAACCUCAGAAUGCGACUGUUGAACAGACAGGUGCUCCUAUGGCCACAGCGAGGGAUCCCCAUUUAUUAUCGAUUUUGACUGUCUCACACUUACUCUUAGGCAAAAAGGGAGAACAGAAAUGUCCCAAAGAAGAGGGCAAUCGUAAUAUAAACAAAAAUGAUGUGAUCACUCAAGGCCAGCAAAUUGUUACAGAGUUCAGGGAUAAACACCGUCCAGAGGGAUCAGUACCAUCUGAGUUUCUUGAUAACAGUUCUCUACAUAAUCCAUCAGUUGUUCAUCCUGCCAUGGAAAACAGGACGGCUUCAAAAGUAGCUUCAGUAGAGUCCUCCAACCAUGGAAUUACACAGCAAUUAAAUCCAGAAUACCCUGCAGUCGCUUGCAAUAAUAUUUCAAAACAGUUGACAGAACAUUCAGAUCAGUUAUUCACCGUACACAAAGUUGAACUUGCACUCCCAUUGUCUUUAUCAAAGGAGCAAUUACACGAUGAAUCUCCUGAUACUCAAUCACACCAGAAUGACCGUGAGCCCUUUGUGAAUGAUCCGUCCAUGCUAAAAGAAUCUCCGCUUUUUCAAACUCCAGAAUUGUGUGAACCUCAGGGAUAUCAAAAUGUGUCACAGAAAAAAACGCAAAUAAAAAAUGAAUUACCAUUUUUCAAAGAUCAGCAACACAAACUUAUUUUACAUUCUUUGGGAUUCUCUGUGGUCAAACAAGAAACUGAUCAAGUAUCUACCAAAGAAAACAAUGAGCGUGAGCUGCCCUAUCAAAGCAUAUCUAGUUCUCUUAACCUACAAAUGGGACAUGAAUCUCAUCUGAACUCAGUACAUUAUAGAGAAAAGGACACUGAUAGAAUGGAACUCAAAACCUGCGUGCAAGAAGUUCUUCCAAGUUCUCCGUCACAACAGAAAACUCCUAAUGUUCAUGAAAGCAUGAUGUCUGAUCUGCUAACAUUAAACCUUCAAGAAAAUAUUCAUGACUUUCACAUGGACAAUUUUAAUAAGCAAACAGAAUGUAAAUAUUCAUCACAUCACAAAGAUUCAGAUUUGCCUAAGAUCUCUCUUCCAGGACAGGCUACAUUUUACCCUUUACAAUCACAAAUCCAAUUAUCAGGUUACAACACUUUCACUAUGGAAAAGCAAAUAAAAUCUUCUCCAGAAAUAAACCGUAAUGCAGACUAUUCAAAUACCGACAAUAGCGAGAAGCAACAUUUUAAUUCCCCUAUUAAUAAAGAUCAGAAAAAGGACAAUGUGCUUGCAAAUAAAGAAAUAGAUGGAAAACAAUCACUGUUAUCUCAGAUACACCAAACCCCAUGUACUCAGUCUUUGAACAAGCAAGUGCAUGAUCCACGAAACAUAAAAGCAAAUGGAGAUAAUAUUUCUACAUCUUUACCUGCCAAUAUAUUUAAGAAUCAUUGGUCAUCAGAAUCCCCAAUUUCAAAAACACAUCAGAUAUGCCAUACUACAUUUAACAACAAAUCCCAUAGGGAAGAAGAAUCUCCUACAUUGCAGACAUAUCAAAUGGAGACAAAUCUUAUUAUUACUGAUAAAUUUACAGUUUGUCCCAUUGUAUGUUCAAAUACAAGCCAGCAAGUCUGCAAACUCAAUGGAAACACUGUCCAGACACUAACGAGUACUUCCGUUGUCAAAAAGAAGCCUAGAAGAAAAAAAUCAAGGGCACUCCAAAAAGCAGAGAAGGUGCCAGCUGAUGCUUCUGAAUCAUCAAGUUGUCCACCUCCUUAUAAUGGAUCUAUUGCCUGUAAAAUAGACAAGCCUGAAUCAACUAUAUCAUCUUAUGAUAAACACCACAGUAGGUCUCCACCUGUGGUCAACAAUAAUGCAAGUAUAAUGGCCACUGAAAAAGCACAGGAUCAGUUUAUGACAUCCUGUACCAAAGACCUUACAGCUUGGUCCAUUGUAUGUUCAAAGACAAACAAGCAAGUCAGAAAACUCAAUGGAAACACUAUUGAAAGAGUUAUUGAGUCUCACACUGAACAGAAAAACCAGGAAAUUAGUAUUUGCCUUGUCAAAAAGAAGCCCAGAAGAAAAAGAUCAAGGGCAAUCAAAAAAGCAGUUGAGGUGCCACUUGAUGCUCCUCAAUCAUCAAGUUGUCCACCUCCUUAUAAUGGGUCUAUUGCCUGUAAAAUAGACAAGCCUGAAUCAACCAUAUCUUCUUCUGAUAAACACCACAGUAUGUCUCCACUUGUGGGCAACAAUAAUGCAAGCAUAAUGACUAUUGAAAAAGCACAGGAUCAGUUUAUGACAUCCUGUACCAAAAACCUUACAGCUUGGUCCAUUGUAUGUAAAAAGACAAACCGGAAAGUCAGCAAACUUAAUGGAAAUACUAUUGAAAGAGUUAUUGAGUCUCACUUUGUACAGAAAAAACAGGAAAUUAGUACUUCCAUUGUCAAAAAGAAGCCCAGAAGAAAAAGAUCAAGGGCACUCCAAAAAGCAGAUGAGGUGCCAGUUGAUGCGCCUCAUUCAUCAAGUUGUCCACUUCCUUUUAAUGGAUCUAUUGCCUGUAGAAUAGACAAGCCUGAAUCAACUAUAUCUUCUUCUGAUAAACACCACAGUAGGUCUCCACCUGUGGGCCACAAUAAUGCAAGCAUAAUGAACUAUGAAAAACCACAGGAUCAGUUUAUGACAUCCUGCACAGAAGAAACUCCACCUUCAUCUGGUUUUGCUUUCCAGAAAAUGCAUAUGGAGGCCAAGAAUUUAAAUAUUAAUAUACUCCAGCAAACUCAAUAUACUAAGCCUUUGGACUUUGGUGGAAAAAACAAGCAAGCGGAUGAUCCACUAAAUAAGAGAGCAUCUAGAGAAACAUAUCUUUCAUAUUUAGCUGAUUCCAAUAGAGAUACGAAUAAUGGGUCAUCAGAAUCCACAACUUUAGAAACACACCAAACAAACCGUGAUAUAUGUACCAACAAAAUACCUGAGGAAAAAGGAUCUCCUUCUUCAGAGUCGGAUCAGGGAAAGAAAAAACUCAGUACUACUGAUACAAUGGCACAAACUGUAUAUUUAUGUUCAGAAACAAACCAGCAAAUCAGCAAACUGACUGCAAAUAAAAGUCAGGAAAUGAAUAGUUCCAUUGUCAAGAAGAAGUCUAGAAAAACAAAAUCUCUGUCUUCACCAGCAUGCCAAAAAACUAAAGGCGUCCUAGGCAGUGCCCCUCAAUCAUUACAUUGUCCAGCUUCUCAUCAUAAUGGACUUAUUUCCAAGGCUGAAUCUACUGUGUCAUACUCUAAGGUGCACCAAGUUGUUUCCCAAGAUUUCUGCAACCAUAAAGCAAACACUUCGACAUUGGCAAAAACACACUUUCUCACUCCAAUUGAUCCUACAGAAAAAGAUGGAUCAACAUGGCAGAAUCCCAAAGAUUCCUCUAAAUCAUGGUGUUCUAUUCUUUGAUUUGAAAGUCAGUUGUAGGUACUAAACGUUCAGGUAUCCAAAAGAAAACAUAAAAAAGAAACAACAAACAACCAGCAUAUACAGUAUGCCUGUAUGUUUCGUUCAUGAUACAGUAAGACACAAGAUGAAAGAAAUAGUGAAGAUUUACCUCCAUAUUCUGUUGAUUGGUUGAGCUCAGAUUUCACUGAUUUAGAGGCAGUAAUAUUUAUACAGAAAGAGUUGAAAAUUUUGUACAGACAGAAAACAUAAAAUCCAACAAUUCCUUUUUGUUGAGUUGAUUAAGGAGGUAAAAUAUAUAUUUUUAUUUGUUUUUUUAUUUUUUGUGUACGGAUUUUUUUAUCAUGUUUUGGCUGCAAACCCCACUUUUUUUAUCUAAUAUUUGGACAAGGAACAAGCAUUUAUAACCUAAAACAUAUAUAUAUAUA